AUGGAAUGGAUAAGCAGUCUUGCCCAAGCAAUCGCUUUCGUUGAAUCACUCAAUCUCACCUAUGGCGACCUGCGACCGGAUCAUAUUCUCCUCGAUGGCGAUACACUCAAGGUAAGCGAUGUUGACUAUGCUGCCAACUUCGGACCACCGUUCCAUACUUGCCUAGAGCCGUGGGGAAGGGUGCUAAGCCAGAAUGAUCCGAAAUACGAUAUGGCCCGUCCCGAACCCGGGCUCCUAGGACCUCGAACCGAACAGUUUGCCCUUGGCUCUAUUUAA